GGCGCAGCGCCGGACCGCGCUCCGCUGGGGGACCCGCGGUGGGUCGGACCGCGGCGCUGUGGGAGCGGGCCCGGGGGGGGCCGGCAGCCGCCAUGUACGCGGGGCUGCAGGAGCUGGGGGUGGCCAACGGCGAGGACCUGAAGGAGACGCUCACCAACUGCACGGAGCCGCUGAAGGCCAUCGAGCAGUUCCAGACAGAGAAUGGGGUGCUGCUGCCCUCGCUGCAGUCGGCGCUGCCCUUCCUGGACCUGCACGGCACCCCCCGGCUGGAGUUCCACCAGUCGGUUUUCGAUGAGCUGAGGGAGAAGCUGCUGGAGAGGGUCUCUGCCAUCGCCUUGGAAGGGAAGGUCGAGGAGAGGUUUGUUAAGGCGUGCUGGUUGCUCGGAGUGA